CCGGCUACUCAGCGAACCCCCGCCCGGCGCUGCCCCUUGCCGUCUGCUUCUGCGCUCCCGCCACAGCACAAACCACCCAUAGGAAAAGAUGGAUUGGAGCACACUCCAGACUAUUUUAGGGGGUGUCAAUAAACACUCCACCAGCAUUGGAAAAAUCUGGCUCACCGUCCUUUUUAUUUUCCGUAUUAUGAUCCUCGUUGUGGCCGCAAAGGAGGUGUGGGGAGAUGAGCAAGCCGAUUUUAUCUGCAACACUCUACAGCCUGGAUGCAAAAAUGUGUGCUAUGACCACUAUUUCCCCAUCUCUCACAUCCGACUGUGGGCACUGCAGCUGAUCUUUGUAUCCGCACCGGCUCUGCUGGUGGCCAUGCAUGUUGCCUACCGAAGACACGAGAAAAAGAGGAAGUUCAUUAAGGGAGAGAUAAAGAGUGAAUUCAAGGACAUAGAAGAGAUCAAAAGUCAGAAGGUCCGCAUUGAAGGGUCACUCUGGUGGACCUACACGAGCAGCAUCUUCUUCCGAGUUAUCUUUGAAGCUGUUUUCAUGUACGUCUUUUAUGUCAUGUAUGAUGGGUUCUCCAUGAAGCGUCUGGUUAAAUGUAGUGCUUGGCCUUGCCCCAAUACAGUGGACUGCUUUGUUUCCAGGCCUACGGAGAAGACCGUAUUUACGGUUUUCAUGAUUGCAGUGUCUGGAAUUUGCAUAUUGCUAAAUGUCACCGAAUUGUGUUAUUUGCUAAUUAGAUAUUGUUCCGGAAAGUCAAAAAAACCAGUUUAACACAUUACUCAGCUAUUAGAAAGAAGAUAGACAACAGCAAUGACAAGGAUGAGGUAACCUCUGCUUAGCUAUCAAGGCACAGUCAUCCAUCUCCUAAAGAUACACAUCUUAAAUGCAAUCACCUGCAACCCUGUACACCUGACACAAAACUCCAAAUGCCUGUGAUUUAAAACUUCGAAACAAAGGCUUAGUUCUAUGCCUAUAUCAGUUUUUACUAAAAUUCAUUCAAAUGAAACUUUGUGCCGGUAGGGGUUACUAUAAGUUAUUUUCAUAUUUUAAAUAAUGGUUGCAGGCAUUCACUUCUCUUUUUCCGAAGAAGGGAAAGAACACCGGGUUCUAAAGACACUGAUGAGGUUUGAUUCCUCUUAGGGUUCCCUUUGCCAGUUUCCUCACAUUAAAGGUAAACGUAGAGAAUCCUGGUUCUUUUAUUUGUUUUAGAAGGUUUAAUUUCUCACACUGGACAAAAUUACCUAAUGCUUCAAACUCUGUUAUACUGUUUUUUAGUGGAACUUUAAAAUGUGGUCUUUUGACCCAUAAGAUGUUCUGAAAACCAUUCUACGCUCUUCCUGUUUCAAAGGCUCAGAUUGUGAUAUGUAAAUUGUAUGUAAUCAGAUACUGUAACAAUUUAAAAUAUGAAUAAUUUUCAGUGCCACUAAGAGGCUAUCCAUUGUUUCAACUGUUAUGUCAUGUGUAAAAACAUUUCAGCCUCUCUCCAGUGUUCAUCUCAUUUAAAAAACUUAGGUGUAAUUUUUCAUAAGAAAUACAGACUUUGGACAUAUUGCCAACUACUUCCUGUAGAAAUAGGUUUGUGCAAGACCUCCUCUCUUGCCUUAAAACCUUUGCCUUCAUUGCUGUAAGUGAUAUGGCUAUCCCAACAUCAAAAGGAACACUGACUAAAACAGGUUGCUAGGGAAUAUAUUAUUGCCACAGUAUUAUUAAAUGGUGCAAAACAAAAUAGGAGGUGAAGUGACUGUUUUUGAAGAACAGAUGAAAAGACUAGACUUUAAAUUCUGAUGAGUAAAAGGUGAUGCUUGUCUACUUCAAAAUUAUGUCUGCUUCCCCCUUCAGCAUCUUAGUUAUCUAGUGCUGCUAUAACAGAAAUACCAUAAGUAGAUGGCUUUAACAAAUAAAUUAUCUCACAGUUUAAGAGGCUAGAAGUUCAAAUUCUGGGCUCUGGCUUUAGGGCAAGGCUUUCUCUCUCUGUUGGCUCUGGGAGAAGGUCCUUGUUUCUUUAGCUUCUGAUUCCUGGUCCUUGGAGAUCUCCAUGUGGCUUGGCAUCAAUCUUUCCCCAUCUCUGCUUGCUUGCUUGUCUUCAUCUGCUGUAUUUAUAUCUUGUAAGAGACUGACUCAAAACACACCCUACACGAAUCCUGCCUCAUUAAUAUAACAAAGACAAUCCAUUCCCAAAUGGGAUUAUAUAACCCCAGGUAUAUAGGUUAGGAUUUACAACACAUAUUUUGAGGGGUACGAUUCAAUCCAUAACAGCAUCCAAAUUUUUUUUAAGUGAAAGUAGAGUUAAAUAGGCCUUUGACAAAAAUAGAAACUAGGGUUUAGAUAAAUUUUAGCAGCUCUAUAGGACAAAUUGAACCCUAAUAUUAGCAUUAUGCUUGACAUGGUUUCCAAAAAAUGGUACUCAACAUAUUUCAAUGAGGGUAAACAUUUUCCUAUUACCAAGAAUAGCACUGUAAAAUCAUUUUUUAAUAAUAAAUAAUUUUGUUAAUUACAUGCUUGUAACUAAAAUUUUGUUAUGGCUCAAAUUUCAUUUAAAAUAUUAAAGUAUAAUUCAUAAUUAUUUAAGAUCUAAUACAAUUUUUAAUAGAACAGCAGAUUUUAAUUUCAUCUACAGCCAUUUUUGUAUAAGUACAUUAAUAUUUUAUAUUUCAUAUCAGCAAAUGGGUAAUGUUAAUAGCAUGUCUGUACACAUUCUGGGAUUCCUCUGCCCUCUUACAGAAAAGCUUCCAUCACCAGAAAGACUGGCAGGGGAGGCAGAAAGAAAGACCAUUUCUUCCUAGCCUCGUGCUCACUGGUACCACUCUGGCCAACAAAGAACAGGGUGGUGCACUGAUUGGAAAUGCAGCGUGGAGAAUGCUGAGUUGGAUUUAAAUGACCAGUUUGGCCACCGGAUGAAUCAUAGAAGCUGGCAUUUUAAAAUGCUGCUCAUGGUGAAGAUUGGCUGAGGCAUGAGAAAUACCCUAUAUAAGGUGUGUUUUCUAUGGAAUCCUCUUUCUGAAUAUUUGUAUUAAACCAAACCUGGUGAAUAAAACUGCUUUUCAUUCCUUGGCGCCCAUUUUCUUGGGAAAUAGACCAGGUGGAUCAGCCUUAGUCCCUGUGU